UUAAUUAGUCUUCAUGCAGUCUUGCCUCUAUUUUCGAUUCUGCGUUUCGUCACAACAACAUGGCGACGCGCUCAGACGCCAGGCUCGCUUUAAAUGCUGAAAACACACAGGUGACUGAAAAAAUGGAGGCUGGUGUCAUCGGGGUCUGCGGCAUAGAGGCCCGUGGACUUGUUGAAGGAAGCAGUUCCCCUCUCGUUGUAGGGACUCCUUCCCAGAAUAGCGUGGAGGAUUUUGUGGGGCGGGUGAGCGGUGAGGAGAGAGGGGAGACACCCGGAAGGGAGGAUAUCAACCCAGAAGAGCUGGAUCCUUGUGUUGAGAAAACCAUUGAACAAAAAGCUGGCAAAGAAGUUCUGUUGCUGAUGCAGGCGCUUCAUGCUUUGGCCACUCCAGAAGAGAAACUUGCAGCCCUUUGUAAGAAAUAUGCUGAUCUGCUGGAGGAGAGCCGCAGCAUGCAGAAACAGGUGAAGGUGUUGCAGAAGAAGCAGAACCAGGUGCUCAAAGAGAAGAUUCACCUACAGAGCGAGCACAGCAAGGCCGUCCUGGCACGCAGCAAGCUGGAGAGUCUUUGCAGGGAACUUCAACGUCAUAACAAGACCCUGAAGGAGGAGAACGCUCAGAGGUUUAGGGAGUACGAGGAGCGGCGCAAGGAGGCGACGCUGCACUUCCAGAUGACACUCAACGAGAUUGAGGCCCAGAUGGAGCAGCAUAACUCUUACAACAGCAAACUGCGUCAGGAGAACAUGGAGCUGGCGGAGAAACUCAAGAAACUCAUCGAGCAGUACGAGCUGCGGGAGGAGCAUAUCGACAAGGUGUUCAAACAUAAGGAACUACAGCAGCAGCUGGUGGACGCUAAACUCCAACGGACGGUCGAGCUGAUGCGAGAGGUGGAGGAGAAACAGCAGAGAGAACGAGAGUUUCUCCUAAAAGACGCGACCGAGUCCAGACAUAAAUGUGAGCUGAUGAAAGAGCAGGAACACCAGCUGAAGCAGCAGCUCACUCUCUAUAUGGACAAGUUUGAGGAGUUUCAGACCACCCUCGCCAAGAGCAACGAGGUCUUCACCACAUUCCGGCAAGAGAUGGAGAAAAUGACAAAGAAGAUCAAGAAGCUUGAGAAGGAGACCACUUUAUGGAGGACCAAAUGGGAGACCAACAACCAGACACUACUGCAGAUGGCAGAAGAGAAAACGGUGCGAGAUAAGAAUUACAAAGGCCUCCAAGGCAAGCUAGACCGUCUGGAGAAGCUUUGCAGGGCCCUGCAGAGAGAACGCAAUGACCUGAACCAGAAACUGAAGACCGUCCAGGGACCGACUAAAGAUGUGGAGGAGGAAGGUACGGGCCCUCCCGACCCCCAGCCGGAGGACCACCCCAAUCAACCCUUAAACACAGAGAUGGAGAGAGAGGUGGAAGGAGAAAUGGAGGCUUUGGUGCCUGAAACAGAGAAACUCAGACUUCAGUCUGAGGUGGAGGGCACCACCCCAUCAACACAACUCAUUGACGACUGAGCCUGGCCUUCUGGUGGCCUUUUUUUUUUUCUGGAGGUAUAUAUAUUUUUGUCUAACAAUUAUCAUAACAAAAUUUGUGAGGAAAAAGCAGGACAUUAGUGAAGCUAACUGCUUUGUACGUUGUUAAUCAGCUUUGUGGCGAGCACUUUUUACUCCCUGUUUUUUAUCACAUUGUAUUUUCGUAGGAAAUGGUCAUGCGGUCCAAAGUGGCCGCCAUGCAGCUUUGCUCGUAUGUCUUUCUUUCCUCAUUCUCUUCGGUCCUUCUCUGCUGUGCUGUCGUUGCACAUUUUUCGUUUCUCUUGUAGCUCCUGACACUGACCUCUAGGAUCAGAAUAAAUACUUUUGUACGCAUUUAACGUUGAAUAUCGCUAUUUUGAAAUAACUGUAUGUAGUGAAGAAGCCAGUCGAGCUCAAAAUGUCUUGUUAACCUUGAGUCAUAGGGCUUUAAUACAAAUACUCACCUGCUCUUUGACAUAUUGAGUCUGAGCCAGGAAGGGUCCUUAACACAUCAAACUUACAUUGCUUUGAUUAAAAUCCACUUUAAAGUUUAAAGGGAUAGUUCACCCAAAAAGGAAAAUUCUGUCAUUUACUCUCCCUCAUGUCAUUUCAAACCUGUGUGACUUUCUUUUUUCUGCUGAACACUAAAAAGAAGAUAAUUGGAACAACACCGGUACCCAUUAACUUCUAUUGUAUGGACACAAAACCAAUGCAAGUCAAAGGGUACCGCUGUUGUUCGGUUAAGAACAUUCUUGAAAAUAUCUUCUUUUCAGAAAGUCAUACAGGUUUGAAAUGACAAUAGAGUGGGUAAAUGGUGACAGAAUUACAAUUUUUGGAAGAACUAUCCCUUUAAAGAAGAUCCAUGACUUGUUAAUGAAGAGAGGGGUCAAGUGUCCAAGCUUCAUUGGAGACUCGUAACUGCGAACUGAGAAUCUGAAACGGCUUGUGUGACUUUGAAAUGGCUGCUUCAUAUUAAACCUUUGUGAAAAAAUAGUACAGGGUCAAACCACGUGUCACUUCCUGUAGGACUGAGUAUAUCUACAGCAUGCAGUCAUAAGAGGAUUUUAGUUAGAAGAAAUGAAGGGAACGGCAUCUUCACCAGCAGAUCUAUACCAACCCAUGAUGAUUCAAAAUUGUAAAUGCAUGGCUUGCCAUUGGAAAAGGAAAAUCCCCUUUUUUAUUUCUUGACAUCUUGAUUCAUUAUUCUAAAACCCUUGUUGAUACUUUAACAUUGUUGUAUUGAGACAUUAUUGUAUGUUUAAAAUACAAUGAGCCCUAGUUUAUUUUUGAUCACAGCUGUUUUCAUCCGGUUUCUUGGUAAUUUGUCUGAAUUUAUUUUGUUCAGUUGGUAUAAUUUGAGCAGGUUUUCAUAUGUUGACCAGUAAGAAUAUUUCCUCCUUUACCAAAACACGAACCUGAAAUUCUUAUUUUAAAAAGGGUCCUUUGAUACUGGAUUGAAUGUGAUUAUUUUUUUGAACUUUAAAUAAGAAUAAAAUGUCUGUAAUUCAAGAAUUCCAUGCAGCUGCAUACAUUGUCACUUUAGUUAACAAUAUGAAAGUAUACAUGGAGAACUAAACCAAUGAAUGUAGAAAUGCAUAGAACUAAUGUCAGUAGCCGAUUUUAUGAUUAUGUCAGCCUCAUAGCCCUUUAAGAUCGGUUUAUAUGGCAUGGGCACACAGGGUUUCUCCUCAGGUCCAUAGAUCAACGUCUGGCUUUAUGCAUGCGCUGAUCUGAACCUCUGACACUGGCCAGUACAUUCCUAAAUGGUGAAUCCAGGAAAAUCUAUUUUUCAUUGGACAUGAUGAACAUGUGAACUCUUUUUUUUAUUUAUGAAAUGUAACACAGACUACCAAUUAGUCAAGAUGCCAUUUUUUUAUCAUCAAAGAACAAAAAAAGAGCAACGAUAUCAAGAUGUUUCAUUGUUCAUGUGUAAGAGCUGAUAAAACACAAAGGAUGGCUUUCAUCGCUGCAGUAUUUUUGUAUUGUAAAAUCCCUUCCCCAAAAUUUGGAUAAUGUAUUUUUUAGAUCGAAGCACUUGAUGUUUGGUUUGAAAUACUGUUUAUGUAACACUUUCACAAUCUUUACGAUUCUAUUCUGCCUAAGAGGUCAGUUCUUUAAAAACAUAUCAAUACUGCUAACAUCUCCAAUUGGGGUUCAGUUCAUUCUGAAUUUGUAAAAUGUUGGUACUGUCAUUUGUAUCGCUUCCGCUUCUUUUGUUUAUUUUGGCAAUGUCCCCGUUUGAUUCUCAGGUUAUGCAAGAAAUCUACCUCUGUAGGUAAGACAUACUGUGAAAGACGCUCAAGAGAGCUUUUCCCCCGGCUCAGCCCAUGACCCUUCUAAGAAUGUACCAAUGCUCUUGUAGUUCUGUCUUGCUUUUCAAUAAAACAUUUUGUAUAAUUUUA